CAAUACCCUUGUAUUAUGUUUUUUACACCGGCAUUCUUUGGAUGACUUCUCUGGUUCAGUGCUGCCAAGUAGCUUUCCCUAUAUUGGGGCGAAAUUGUAGGAAAAAGAAAACCCUAUCUUGCAACCUUCAAAGGAGCCACCUCCCAAUCUAGCCUCUGUUUGGUUGUCAAGAAAUCGAAGGAAAAUAAAUGGAUACCCGGAAUCUUAAAGCAAAUAGGAAGUAGCACAUAUCUUCAUAUGACAAAGUCAAGUAUGUGAAAACUGAGGGAGGGGAAAGGUGGAAUAUACUAGCUGAUGUGAACCUUCUUCAUGAUAACUGUUAUGUUCAAAUGGAUGCAUCGCCCAGCUUCUGUCAUUUUAAUUUGGCUAGCUUCUGAUCUUCACCGAUAUCAUGAUUCACUGGCCUGCAGUAAAGAGCAAAGGUGUUGCUUUGUUUAUCACACCAUGGCAAGCUGUUCAUGGGCCCAUUCAAGACGAACGGGGCAGUGUGACAAAGCAUCUUCAACGUUGAUGGCAAUUCAAGGGCAUAAUCAGCUAUUGUCUCCAAGUUUGUGCAUUGGGAAUACUGGAAUCUUGAAUACGUAGUUUUUUUGUGUAUUCCAAAUCGUUGCACUCCUGCGGGUUAAAUUGUUAUAUUGCUAUUUCAGGCCAUAGUGUUUUCAGUGUGCAUUUGGAUGUCCUCAUUGAUGUCAACAUUUUCAGGAACUCUUUCAUUCAUGAUAUACUGUUUGCCCACACAGCUCAACUGGUUAGGCUCUGGAAACGUGAGGUCUGGACUUAAACGAUGCAGGUGGUUUUCACUCAAUUAUGCGCAUUCAGCGCUUGCAAACUCUCGAAGAGUCCAAAGUGACUAGCAAAAGAAAAUUUCUUCUUUUACCAUGCUCUACAUUGAUUCUAAUAAAAUCUUGCCUGUUUCUUGACAUUUAUUUCAUACUGUAAACUUGAAAUGGUGCAUUAUCUUAUCAUCAUGUGCUUUGCCAAUGGCUUUCAGGGUUCUGAAGGAAUUACAUAUCAAAGUUCUACCGUACAUACAAGCAUUUGAAGAUAUAGAAUGCCAGUAAUAGCAGAAGAAGAUGGUUUAAUCUUGGAAACACAGUUUUGACUGGAAUAAAAUCGAGUUACUUUUGAAUUCUCUGAUCAAGGAGAGCUUUGAUUGAUUGAUUGACUGGUGGGUUUGGAUGGUCCCGCGCAUUUCGUAGGCUUCACUUGUGAAUUUCCGAACCAAAACGUCUGUGUAUUUAAUGAGGGCUUGUAACUGCUGUUUCACAGGUCGAGUUUCUAAAACCCAUUGGAAGCACAACCAUUCACAGGGAUCCGGAGAAACCAUGGACAACCCAUCAACAAGCAAUGCUAACAACCUUCAGUCUCAGAACCCAAAUGAAAACAUGAACAACUCAAGGAGCGGUCUUGUUACUAAUAUUAUACUGAAUCAUGACUUCUCUGGAGGGCUGCAGUCAUGGCACCCCAAUUGCUGUGAUGGCUUUGUUGUUCCUGCUGAGUCGGGUCACCCUGAAGGAAUAACAACAAAGGGAAGCAGCAAUUAUGCUGUUAUUACAAAUCGUACAGAAUGUUGGCAAGGCUUGGAGCAAGACAUCACAGGAAGAGUUUCCCCAGGCUCUACUUAUACAGUUUCGGCUUGUGUUGGAGUAUCAGGGCCUCUUCAUGGUUUCUCCAACAUUCAGGCAACAGUGAAACUAGAAUACCAAGAUUCAGCCACUAGCUAUCUAUUUAUUGGAAGAAUUUCUGUAUCAAAAGAGGGAUGGGAGACAUUGGAAGGCACAUUUUCGAUGUCUAGCAUGCCAAACCGAGUUGUAUUUUACUUGGAAGGGCCUUCUCCUGGAGUAGACCUUCUCGUAAAAUCAGUGGUGGUAUCAUGUGCCAGUCCAAGUGAUUGUGAGGGAAUAGACCUCGUAAAAUCAGUGGUGGUAUCAUAUGCCAGUUCAAGUGAUUGUGAGAAUACAAGCAGAGGAUCUAUCACUGCUGGAGAUGAUAACAUCAUACUAAAUCCCAGAUUUGAGGAUGGCCUCAAUAAUUGGUCUGGAAGAGGCUGCAAGAUUCUUUUGCACGAUUCUAUGGGAGAUGGAAAAAUUCUUCCCAUCUCUGGAAAGUUCUUUGCAUCUGCGACAGCACGCACACAAAGCUGGAAUGGAAUUCAGCAGGAAAUAACUGGAAGAGUGCAGCGAAAGCUUGCUUAUGAGGUUACUGCUGUUGUGCGGAUAUUUGGUAACAAUAUCACUAAUGCGGAUGUUCGGAUUACAUUGUGGGUUCAAGCACCGGAUCUUCGUGAACAGUACAUAGGCAUUGCAAACUUGCAGGCAACAGACAAGGAUUGGGUACAGUUGCAAGGAAAGUUUCUUCUAAAUGGUUCCCCUUCAAGAGUAGUCAUUUAUUUAGAAGGUCCACCUGCAGGAACUGAUAUUCUCAUCAAUAGUUUAGCUUUAAAGCAUGCGGAGAAAAUUCCUCCUUCACCUCCACCUGUUAUUGAGGAUGCUGCUUUUGGAGUUAAUAUAGUUGCAAACAGCAACGCUGUUGAUGGAACCAAUGGCUGGUUUCCGCUUGGGAAUUGCACUUUAAGUGUUGGAAUUGGUUCACCACAUAUACUUCCUCCAAUGGCAAGAGAUACCCUUGGACCUCAUGAACCUCUGAGUGGGCAGUACAUUCUUGUUACUAAGCGAACCCAAACUUGGAUGGGUCCUGCUCAGAUGAUCACUGACAAACUGAAACUCUAUUUAACAUACCAAGUAUCGGCAUGGGUUCGAAUUGGUCACGGAGCAACUGGCCCUCAGAAUGUGAAUGUUGCACUUAGUGUGGAUAACCAGUGGGUAAAUGGGGGCCAAGUUGAGGUUAGCGAUGACAGAUGGCAUGAAAUUGGUGGGUCCUUUCGGAUUGAGAAGAAGCCAGACAAGGUGAUGGUUUAUAUUCAAGGUCCUGCGGCAGGUGUUGACUUAAUGCUUGCUGGCCUUCAGAUUUUUCCCGUUGAUCGUCAUGCAAGAUUUAAACAUUUAAAGAGGCAGAUUGAUAAGAUACGCAAGCGUGAUGUCAUCCUGAAGUUCUCAGGAUCAGGUUCUGGCAGUUUGUCUGGCACCUUUGUGAAAGUCACGCAAUUGCAAAAUACUUUUCCCUUUGGAUCAUGUAUAAGCAGAACAAACAUAGACAAUGAAGAUUUUGUUGAUUUCUUUGUUAAAAAUUUCAAUUGGGCUGUCUUUGGAAAUGAAUUGAAGUGGUAUUGGACAGAGCCACAACAAGGAAGCUUCAACUACAAGGAUGCUGAUGAGCUCUUGAACUUAUGUGUGAGUCGUAACAUUCAACCCCGUGGUCACUGUAUCUUCUGGGAUGUUCAGGGCACAGUUCAAUCAUGGAUACAGGCUCUGAACAAAAAUGACUUGAUGACGGCUGUCCAAAACCGUCUGACAGGCCUUCUCACUCGCUACAAGGGGAAGUUCAAGCACUACGAUGUCAACAACGAGAUGUUGCAUGGUUCAUUUUAUCAAGAUAGAUUGGGUAAAGAUGUCCGAGCAAACAUGUUCAAGACUGCAAACCAACUUGAUCCAUCUGCCACGCUAUUUGUGAAUGAUUAUCAUGUUGAGGACGGCUGUGACACCAGAUCAUCUCCAGAAAAGUACAUCCAACAAAUUCUUGAUCUGCAAGAACAGGGUGCUCCUGUGGGGGGAAUUGGAAUUCAAGGACAUAUAGAUAGUCCAGUUGGGCCUAUCGUUUGUUCUGCUUUGGAUCAAUUGGGCAUUCUUGGUCUUCCAAUCUGGUUCACAGAGCUCGAUGUGUCUUCCAUUAAUGAGUAUGUUAGAGCUGAUGAUUUGGAAGUUAUGCUUCGCGAAGUUUAUGCACAUCCUGCUGUGGAUGGUGUAAUGUUGUGGGGAUUUUGGGAGCUGUUUAUGAGCCGAGACAACUCACAUUUGGUGAACGCUGAAGGUGAUAUCAACGAAGCUGGUAAAAAGUACCUUGCUCUUAAGCGAGAAUGGCUGUCCCAUGCUCAUGGGCAUAUCGACGAGCAAGGACAAUUUGUGUUUAGGGGUUUCCAGGGGUCAUAUGAAGUGGAAGUUGUCAACUAUAGUAAGAAAGUUUCCAAGACAUUUGUUGUUGAGAAAGGUGAGUCACCACUGGUGGUAUCCAUAAACUUAUAGCAUUUAAUGAAUUCUUGCUUCACCCAAUAAAAAAAUAAAAAAUGAAAAAACCAUGCUUCAUGUGGUACAUUUUAUGUUUCUGUGGGAAGAAGAAUACUUUUGGUAACUUACAGUGUUACCUUGUUGUUAUUGGUUGUGUAAAUAAACUUGUGCAGAAUGUUUGUCUGUUGCUUCCACUGUAACAUUCAGAGCAAGGAAUAAAGAAUCGGUUGUGUUGUUUA